CAGAAAACUGUAUGGCUCAGAUCUCGGCGACCUUCUUUCACCAAAAAUGUCCGGCGAUUUCUCUUCCCUCAUUUCGCGCUCUUCUCCUUCCUUCCCUUUUCUCUUCUUCGUCCUCUCCUUCUUUGCAAGCUUUAAGCCCCUACAGAGUUUCUAAUGGCAGUCUCCGCAGUAUUCGCGUCGAGAUUGCUGCUGGGAGUGGCAGCGUCGCCCCCAAUCUACCGGAGCUCAGCGGAGCUUUGAAGGAGAUUUAUGAGUGCUGCAGCAUAUGGAGGUGGAAAGGUUACAGUAUUAAUUUUCUGGUGAAGGGAAGGGGACCCCCGCUUCUUCUUGUUCAUGGCUUCGGUGCCUCUCUCGCCCACUGGCGCCGGAAUAUUGGAGUUUUAUCUGAAAACUACACGGUUUAUGCCAUUGAUCUUCUUGGAUUUGGGUCUUCAGAUAAGCCAACAGGAUUUUCAUACACUAUGGAAGUUUGGUCUCAGCUGAUUUUGGAUUUCUUGUGUGAAGUCAUUAAAAAGCCAACAGUUUUAAUUGGAAAUUCAGUUGGGAGCCUUGCAUGUGUUAUCGCUGCUUCAGAAGCAACCCAAGGUCUGAUUAGGGGGAUUGUGCUGCUGAACUGUGCUGGUGGAAUGAAUAAUAAAGCAAUUGUUGAUGACUGGAGGAUAAAACUUAUAUUGCCUCUGCUGUGGUUACUUGACUUCUUUCUAAAGCAGAGGACUAUUGCAUCAGCUAUAUUUGAAAAUGUUAAAAAAAGGGAAAAUCUAAAGAAUAUUCUGCUUUCAGUGUAUGGAAAUAAGGAAUCUGUUGAUGGUGAUUUGAUUGAGAUCAUUAAGGGCCCAACAGAUGAUGCAGGGGCUCUGGAUGCCUUCAUCUCCAUUGUUACAGGCCCACCAGGCCCGAAUCCAACGUCACUGAUGCCAAAAAUAACUAUUCCUGCUCUAAUUUUAUGGGGAGAUAAAGACCCAUUUACUCCUAUUGAUGGCCCGGUUGGGAAAUAUUUCAGUUCUCUUCCUCCUCGGCUUUCUAAUGUUAGUCUCUACUUGUUGGAAGGAGUUGGGCAUUGUCCCCAUGAUGAUAUGCCAGAUUUAGUUCAUGAAAAGCUGCUCCCUUGGUUAGCUGCUCUGCCUGGCUGAUGACUCGUUUGCAAAUUAAUCUUUAAAAUUGUGUAAUUUAUAUAUUUUUUUAAGGAAAAAGCCGGAUAUUAACUAUUUUAUAGCUAUGAUACCUUUGAUAUUGUAAAUAAUAUGCUUAGUGCUACUAAUAUGAUGAUUA